AAACAUCUCCCUGCUUCUAGCAAGGUUCCGUGUUUGUGUCUAUUUUUUUCUCUCUAUGUACUACUAUGUCGUAUCAUACGCAUGACAUAGGGGUUUUUCCAAUUUUGUGAGUUUGUUAGAAUGAGGGCUAAAAUGGCUAUUAUAUGGCCAAACUGGCCAAGAAAAAUAGCAGAGUUUAUGCUGUAUAUAAUCAACUCAUUAGUUUUCCUAUUUCUUGAUUUUUUGGAUUCCAUAAUGUGCAUAUUCUACAAAUAUGUUGAUGAGUUUUUAGAAGGAAAAUCAACCCCAUGUUACUGUCAAAGUCAAACUCUAACAAAAGAUUUUGAAGAAAGAAAUAUUGGGAUUUCGGAUACUUUGUUUGGGAGGAAAAAUGUUUUUAGGAGAAUGAGGUUUCAUGGAAUCAAGGUUUGGAAGUUUGGUGAGGCUUCCAAGAAAACGGGAAGUGAAGAUUUUCGGAAAACAAGGUGGUCGGAUUGUGGGUGUGAAUCUUGUGUUUCUUGGAUGAACAAUAUUGGUGGUGAUCUGAAGCUUCAUGUUGUUGUUAAAGAACCACUUAAAGGAAAUCAAGAGUUUGCUAACAAGUCAGCAGAAAAUGUGAUAUUUCUACAUGGGUUUCUCUCAUCUUCUUAUCUUUGGACUGAGACGGUGUUCCCUCAAUUGGCUGGUAGUAAAUAUAGACUCUUUGCUGUUGAUCUCUUGGGAUUUGGAAGUAGUCCUAAGCCAAGUGACUGUUUCUACACUUUAAGCGACCACUUGGAAAUGGUCGAGAAAUCAGUCAUUCGUGAAUUCAACCUGAAUUCAUUCCAUUUGGUUGCACACUCCAUGGGUUGUAUGAUUGCUAUAGCACUAGCAGCAAAGCAUCCCAACAAUCUCAAAUCCAUCACUCUCAUUGCUCCCCCUUACUUUUUAUUGUCCGAAGAAGAGGAUGCCAGUGAAAUAGCAUUGAAAAGACUCGCACGCAAGAGUUUAUGGCCACCAUUAUUGUUUGGUGCAUCAUUCAUGACAUGGUACGAGCAUUUGGGCAGGUGUGUCUGUUUUAUUGUGUGCCGUAACCACAGGACUUGGGAAAAGAUCUUAAAGCUAGUUACCCGAAAAAGGAAGCUAAGUUUCCUAGUGAUGGACUUGACAAGGCACACUCAUCAUUCGGCUUGGCACACAAUGCACAAUGUGAUAUGUGGUGGCGCAAAGAUGAUGAACCCAUGUCUAGAAAUCUUGAGACUCGCCAGAGUUAGGGUCGCAGUGGUCCAGGGCUCUCGAGACGAGGUGGUGCCACUAGAAUGCAGCCACAACGUUAAAGUUAAGGUUCCUGAUGCGGAGGUUAAGAUCAUAAAAGGUGCUAAUCAUAGAACAGUGAUAAUAGGAAGAGAAAAACAAUUUGCUACAGAUUUGAAAUUUAUAUGGAAUUCCGUCACUGGUACAAAGGGGUAACAUGUGACCAUAUGUUACAUGUGACCAUCAUUCUCAUAUUUGUAUCCAAUGAAUGUUCUUUUAGGUAUACAAAAUGAUGUUAUUGAAGAAGGAUGACGUAAAAUCGUAAUUCUAAAUUGUGAAUUAAAUAUUGAAGUUA